UUCAAAACGUCACUUCCUGUUACACUAAAGCAGAAAAACAUAUUCGAAUCUGUAAAUCGUGAAAUAUUUUUAUUGAUUCGAGUAAAAAAUAAGUCAUCUUCAGCACGGCGCCUUCUCGGAAGGUAGCUAAGUCGCAUUUAUAAACCAGAAGUGACACGGAGAAGUUGUGCUGUGUUUCUGACAGCGAUGAAGGGACCCAACUCAGAUAGUGAUCUGGUGGAGGAUGCUAGCCCAUCGCCGGACAGCAGCAGCGAGGAUCUGCCCCCAUAUCUCCGCGAGGAGCCACCAGAGGACUUAGAGAAGGACCCCCCAAAGGCGGAAGGGGGUGUGGUUUGGCGGGUGACGGGCGGCCUGUUCAACUUGACCAAGGGUGCUGUGGGAGCAACUUUGGGAGGUGUGGCCUGGGUGGGCAGCAAGAGCUUUGAGCUGACCAAGACCGCAGUGUGCAGCGUACCAGCCGCGGGUGUGGGCCUGGUCAAAGGAAGCGUCUCCGUGGUGACAGGAGGUGUGGGGGUGGUGGGCUCUGCGGUGGCCAGUAAAGUCACACCGAAGAAGAAGGACAAAUCUGACUAGGAUGCACUCCCUCUCCGGGGUGGGGUGGGGUUGGGGGACUUGUAAAGGUUGCUGCAAAAUCUUUUUUUUCUGGGGGGAAAGGAGUGAGGAGAUCGGGGAAGGGGGCAGAGUUUUCACUCUCCUGACAUAGGACUAGGAAAGAGGCAUCUCUGUGCUUCAGUGACACUUUCCAUAGAAAGCAGAAUGAAACAAUUAAUUCCAUCUCAAAGUAAUUUUCAGCAGACUGGCAUUCAGCCUUGGACCAAAUUAAAAGAUAAAGGCCUGACAUGAUAGCACUUUAUGCUCUAUUCAUCCCAUCGUUUAUCGGAAUUGAUUGACUAGUACAAACAUUUCCAAGCCAGCCUUUCCAUCUCCAACCCGAAUUAUUUAGGUGGGGUGCUGCCCUGCUUACUUUAUAUAAUGUAGCGUCAUAUUGGAGUGGAAGUGCAUUGCCUAUUUUUAGCAUGUAUACAACAGCAUGUGGUGAAUUGAACUAAGCUGCUAAGAAUAUAAACAAUGGUAAUCAUCUUCAAAAUGGAAAACAGGUAAUAUGACCAAAUCUAGGACCAAAUCAGAACAUGGUUCAUAGUAAAUAUUAAUAAUAACAAUACUGAAUAAAGGCAUUGGUGUUGUCUGUUUAAUUGGUUGUUCUACAGUAUGUGGACAGUUUUGAAAUGAUGUGAGCCCUCCAGGGAGUAUGGACGGCAUUUGAUAGUAAUGAGUAAGUUUUGCCCAAGCACAGCAAGUCAAACAUCAGUAAGCAAACAGAAUCAGGUAGAUCAGCAGAUUCCUGUCUUUUAAAGACAGGUUUCUGUUGUGUAUUGUGUCAUGUAUCAAGAUGUUCCUCAUUUAGGGUUUUGAAGUUAAAAAUAAGAAUUUUCCCCUGUUUAUUUUCAUUUACUUUCUCUCAAUUAAAUUUCACACGUCUUUGAAACUGUUGGGUUUUUGUUCCCUGGCACAUUUAAGCCUAAUUUGACAUAGUCUGACAGGGUUAUUUAAAAUACGUCUUAGUGCAGAUAUCCAGCAGCAAUCCUACUUCAAAAGUUCAUUUUCACUCAUACUGGUUAUUAAGUACAAGCACAGCAAACUUUAAUAUCUCUGAAGGGGAGUUCAUGGAAUUGGAGCUGGAAUUUUGGGGCGUUACUUUAUUUAACAGUGUUUGCUUUUCUUCCGCUAUUUUGUGAUUGUUUGCAAAACCACUGUGGAAUCCAUGUUAGUCACUAUCAUUAAAAUUAAUUGGCAUGUGACCUUUUGUAGGAAGCACACUGGACAAUGUUUACCCUGCGCAAAGGUGUCAUUAACCAAAAACUGUACAUAAAUUUGUCCGUGUUGAGAGAGUAGAAACAUUAUGCUUUUCCCUAGUUCUAAGAGAAGCAUGGACAUAACAUAUUGUCCAGUGCUUCCCUCCUGUUGCUUUUCUGUCAUGUUAGGCGUUACUGAAAAUACGCUUUUCCAUCUUAUCACUAUAUACUGUUAUGCUAAUAAACAGACUUUUUCUCUUUACUUUUGAAGACAGGGACAGCAAUUUCUAUUCAUUUUUACGCGUGUUAAUUUUCACAAGCCACUGAGUUUUUCUUUGUAAAAUGAACCUUUUAGCUAGCAUGACAAUUAUCUAAACUGUGCAUGAUUUUAGGCAAUAGGUUGCUUGCGUAACAUUAGAGUUCUAUCAGAAAUGAUAUGUAUUUAAUUUACUGCAUUUCUCUUGUCUUUUUUAAACAUUCUGAUAGGUAUGUAAUGUAUUGGAAAUUCUGUACUGUACUGUAAAUCAAACUGAAGACAUUUAGAUUUUGUUUUAUAGAACUAUUUUUGCAAACUUGAUGCUGUAUUCGAUAAAUAAACUGUAUUUAAUGUUAAA